GCAAGGCAUUCUUCAUUGGGACCCUUCACUACCCCUCCAAGAAGGCUGCUUCACUACUAUUACCUUCAAUGGCUAAAACAAAGCCUCAACUCCUCUUCUUUCUCUUCAUCUUCAGUGUCUCUCUGCACUUCUUUCAUGGAAAGUCAUCACAGUUUGGCUCAGAGACCGAUUCGUGGCUCAACGACGAUGAAGAUGAUGAAGUUAUCAUGGUUGAAAGAAAGAAAAAUUCAAGGACUUGUGACUUCUCUACUGGAAAAUGGGUUUAUGAUCAGUCUUAUCCUUUAUAUGAUGCUAAUUGUCCAUAUCUUAGCUCCGCCGUGAUGUGUCAGAGAAAUGGAAGGCCUGAUAAUGACUAUGAGAAGUGGAGAUGGAAGCCACAAGGAUGCUCAAUUCCAAGGUUUGAUGCACUGAAGUUUCUUGGGAAAAUGAGGAAGAAGAGGAUUAUGUUGGUGGGUGAUUCUAUAAUGAGAAAUCAGUGGGAGUCUCUGGUCUGCUUAGUGCAAGGAGUGGUUCCGACCGGGCGUAAGAAGGUGACAUAUAAUGGUCCAACCAUGGCCUUCCAUGCCUUGGAUUUCGAGAUGUCAAUCGAGUUUUCUUGGGCUCCAUUGCUGGUGGAGCUGAAAAAGGGGGCUCAAAACAAGAGGAUACUGCAUUUGGACAGAAUUGAAGACAAUGCAAGAUAUUGGAGAGGAGCUGAUGUACUUGUUUUUGAUUCUGCUCACUGGUGGACUCAUUCUGAUCAAUGGAGUUCGUGGGAUUAUUACAUGGUGGGUCAGUCUCUAAUUAGAACAAUGAAUCCCAUGAUUGCAUACCAGAAAGGACUAAAUACAUGGGCAAAAUGGAUAGAACUAAACCUCGAUCCUCGUAAAACCCGGGUUUUUUUCAGGAGCAUGUCGCCUAGACAUAACAGAGAAAAUGGUUGGAAAUGUUACAACCAGAAGCAGCCUCUAACUUUUUUCAGUCACCAACAUAUACCAGAACCAAUGGUUGUCCUAAAAGAGGUGUUGAGAAGGAUGAGAUUUCCUGUUUAUUUGCAAGACAUCACAACAAUGUCUGGUCUGAGAAGAGAUGGACACCCUUCCGUGUAUAGGAGGGCAAUGGGACAAGAAGAGAAGCAGCACCCAAAAGAUUUCUCAUCUGAUUGUAGCCACUGGUGCCUCCCUGGGGUUCCUGAUAUUUGGAAUGAAAUGCUUAGUGCUUUGCUUUAGGUGAUGAUCCACUACUAAUACAGUCUAUGUUGUUAAAACUGUUUUGUGAAUUAGGGUGUUUUUUUUUUUUUAAUUUUAUGGUCUUGAUUAGGUGUAUUUGUGUGAUAAUUAGUGAUCAUGACUCAUGAUUUACUGUUUGGGUGUUGUUAUGCUAUUAUGCCUGUAAAAUGUAUGAUAUUUUUUCAUUUGACUUCA